GCUAGCUUGGCCGGCGGCUGUGCAAUCCAUCGGGAGGCUUCUGGAGGACCAGCGUCGACAUGCAAGCCGCAUGGGACGGAUAAGGCGAAUAUCCUCGCCGGACCUGGCAUCGAGCACUAUCAGCGAUUCUUUUAUCUGUUUUUUGAUGGCCCUCGUCUACCUGCGUGCGGGUUGGCCGCCCAACUCGCGGAAUCCGGUGCCCAUGCCGCGCAAUAUCCCUUCGUCCAGUCAGAUCGGACCCGGCGAUGCGUACCCUCGUUGUUGCACAGCGUCAUCGUGCGCUUGGAACAAACGUGCCGCGAUGAGACGAGGGCCGCCACUUAUAUAAAGGCGCGUUCCCCGUCUGCAUUCCGCUCGUCGGCCAUCCCCAGUCGCACACUCCACAAACGGCGUUCACCACCCGUCGGUCCUCCUUUACGACUUUUCUUCGCUGUCUGUAGACUUUGCUCGCCACCCCUUCACCUUCGCCCGUCAUGAACUCCCGCAUCGUCCUCUUCUUCGUCACCCUCAUGGCGUUCGCGCUGUUCGCCACCGCGAGCCCUGUGCCCAACCCCGAGGGCGUGCUCGUCAAGAAGGCCCUCAAGCAGUACAAUGCGCGCAGCGGCGCCGCCAAGAAGCGCAGCGACGACUAUAAGCCGUCCAAGGUGUACCGCGCUGCCAUGCCGGUGGCCACCGCUUAGAGGCCCAGCAUGUCGCCCAAGACCCACCCGCUAGACGUUUCGUGCUCCGACGCUACCGUCCUAUGCUCUCCCCUUCCUCUACGCCCCAUCUGCGAAUGCUCUGUACCGCCUCUCCCGCGCGACCACGGCCCCUUUGCAACGCCCUCAUGAUGACCUCGAUGUACUCGGGCCGACGACGGGACGCGCGGCGGUAGGAGGAGGUUCCGUUCCUGGACGCUCCACCCUGCCCUGCCUCCGGCGCUGUACCUGUCUUGUAAAUAGUAUCUCCAUUGGACUUUUACGCCUUCUACGUAGACC